AUGAACCACGGCCCAGCACUGCACCAACAACAAGCAGCAACCCAACCGCCCCCAUAUCAACCCCCAACGCCCAACACUCCCGCCCAAUAUCCAAACCCGCCGAACUCCCCCACAGAUAUCCAACCCAAACCCCCCAUAUACCCGCCCCCCCCGCUCCCUCCAAAUAAAAAAUCUUUCCCCACUAAAUUUGCCAUCCGCGUCACAGCUCCCAAGGGCCCACGAGCGGUGAUGUCAUCCCGUCAGACGAAGCUGCGGCCUGUGUUGGAGGCAUUAAUUAUAAGUGAACGGGAGAGAAUGAGGUGUUUAAUACAAGCCUGUUCCGAUGAAUGUGCGGCGAGCGGAAAACGAAAGAAUUUAGAGAUAAGUGAUUCCACAAAUUAG